AUGGAUUAUUCAAAUUUACGAGCGGCCGCCCUGCGCAACGCAGAAGACGAAGAGGCCGUCACCGUCGACACCAGAGCCUUGAUCGACAAGGUUUUGGCGCGCUAUUCUGGAGAAUGGACGACGCUGCGAGAACUGAUACAGAACGCCGCAGACGCGCAGGCCACAUCUGUCACCGUGACUUGGGAAACGCUGCCCUCGACAAGUGUCCCCAUGCCGAACACGACCGACCGAUCAGACCAGCUGAAACACGUCGUGGCAAACCACACACUGCGACGACUUGUCGUCCAAAACGAUGGCCAGUCCUUUACUCAAAGAGACUGGGGGCGUUUGAAGAGAAUUGCCGAGGGAAACCCAGACGAGACCAAAAUCGGCGCGUUUGGUGUCGGCUUCUACAGCGUGUUUGCCGACUGUGAAGAGCCAUUUGUCAGCUCCGGGAACGAGGCCAUGGCCUUUUACUGGAAAGGAAACUCACUCUUCACCAAAAAGUCCAAGUUGCCCGAAGCGCAAGCCAGCAAAUUCACGACCUUUGUUCUCGACUAUAGAAAUACCACGACGCCUAUGCCAAACCUGUUAUCGGUUGGCCAAUUUCUGGCUACGAGUUUGACAUUUGUUGCAUUGGAACAUGUAGAAUUCAAAAUCGACGACUACACAAUCCUUUCUCUCAAGAAGAAGACUUCGCCUGUUGUCGAGCUCAGCUUACCCAGAGAUCUUGUGCCAAAGACCAAGGAGGGGCUGAUGAAGGUGGUUGGGGUUGACAGAACCAGCACGCAGAUUGAUGCAUCCUUUAUGAGUGUUAUUGGCUGGAAACCACAAAGUGCGGCUGCUACUAAGGCUGCCGACUCUUCCAACUCGACUGAAUCAUCUUCAUUACGUUCGUUCUUUUCUCGUUUGGCAGCAAAUGCUUCCGGCGCAAAGUCCAAGGCAGCGGCAGAGGAAAAUAAGGCGCAAAAUAUCAUUUCCGAAGAUGUCACGAAAGUUAAUACCUCUUCCAUAUUCCUUCGUGCUACCUCCGCCAAUAUCCAGACGAGCGUCUCUUCUGCAUUUGCUUCUGAGCUGGAACGAGCUACGAAAAAGCCGCCUCCAGGCAAGACCAGGGUGUCAAUUCUAACUGCUUCGUUCGACGAAGCCGCUGCCUCGCAAGAAGCGUCAUUGCAAGACGGCACCGGCACCGCUACCGACGUCUUUGCUUCAGUCCUGCCUAACAAGAAACCUGGUGGACGCAUCUUUAUUGGCUUUCCCACCAUGCAGACUACGGGAGCUGGAAUGCACUUGUCUGCUCCGUCUGUCAUCCCUACAGUUGAGCGUGAAGCAAUUGAUUUGAAUGCGAGAUGGGUGCGCACGUGGAAUAUUGAACUUUUGAGAGCCGCCGGCAUCAUUGUACGACUGGCAUUUGCCAAUGAAAUGGCCGACUUGCAUAAAAAAGUCGUUGGCAGCGUCGAGCAAGGUGCUAAAAUUACACAGGCAAUUAUUUCCAGAUAUAUGCCAGAAGCGCUCCACAUCCUCAGCACGUACUCAUUUGCAGAUUCCACUCCUAGCUCACAAGUCGGUCAGAUCAUGGAGGAGUCUUUCUGGACCUGCUUCACAAAGGCCACCAUCGAAAUGUACUCAACACGAGGAGUCUUGCAAACAUUGCAGGUUCGCUUGGGGAUCGAAGAGCUCAAUUCCUUUGUUGAUAGCAUUCCAGUAGUGCCAAAACAAAUGUCUGACGCUCCGUUCGUCAAGAAGCUCGUUGAUUUUGGACUGCUUAUGCCCAUCAAUAUCGGCGAUAUCAAGAAAGAGCUAGAGGUCAAGGCCUUGAGCAAGGCUCAAGUUAUCAGCUUGAUCACUUGGCUGGGCAAAAAGACCGUGGCUGGAGAGCUGGAUGCCGGCAGUCGCUCCGCUUUGCUCGAGGUCGCCGUUGCCGUGGUGAAUGAGGAAGCUGACAGUGGCGAAGUGAUAGCAUUGGGCAGCAUCACCAACUAUCAUAGCUUGGCACGCAUACCCGCCAACAUGCCAAUACCGCCUAACACGAUACCAUUCUCCUUCAUUGUUAACUCAAGCGUUUCUGAACUCCAGGCUUUGGGGUGGGAGCCUCUGGAGAUUGUACCUUGGUUGAGAUUUCUCAUUGAAAGCACAAACAGUCGAACCGAAGAGGAGAACUUCACCAAGUCUGCCAAAUUUGCUGUCCAAGUAUUGACCGUUCUGUCCAAGAAUUGGGAUACAUUGAGCAACGGGAGCCGCAGCACAGUUACCACUUUGUUGCAGAACAGAACAAUCAUGCCAACAAAGUUGGGCAUGAAAUAUCCUACAGAGGCAUUCUUUACAACUGUCAAAUUGUUCGAUGACUUGCCAGUCAUUCAGGGUUGUGAAAAGGUCAAGGAAAAGUUCUUGGUAGCCAUUGGGGUGCGCAAAACACUCGACUUGGAGACAAUCUUCACUCGGCUGCUAAAUACCUCAGAAAAGGGAGGCAAGCAGAAAUGGAGCCAUAUGGAGCUAAUCAAGUAUCUCACCUCGGUUCAGACUGAUAUUCCCUCUGCGGACAUGAAGAAGCUCAAGGAGUCAAAGAUUUGCCCCGCAGAAGCUGGACCGAAGGGUAUGGAGCCAACAAAAGGUACCGAUGCAUUGUUCAAGGCCUGUGAGCUGUUCGAGCCGCAAGAGACUCUGCGCGCGCUCAAACUGCCCAUACUGCAGUGGCCUGGACCUCCUGGUAGCUAUCGCAGUAACAGUGCCGAAGCGCUAUUCUUGAAGAAUUUGGGUCUCCGAACGUUUCCUUCCGUCCCCGAGUUGGUGGAGAUGAUGGCUUCCAAAGAUUCAGCGUUGCGGGCAAAUGCAAUGACAUACUUCAUCACCAAUCAUCAUCUCAACAUGUACGGCGCUUUCGAUAUGAGCGCCUGCCGCAAACGGAUUCUUCCCUUGAAAGACAGCAACGAGCUUGUCAUGCCCCCGGCCUGCUUCACAAAUCCACGUGUCACUGUGCUCGGCUUCUCCGUGUUGAGACCUGAUUUACAUGACCACGCCAACAAAUUUGGCGUCGCAAGAGAUCCGCCAAUGCUUGAGUGUGUCAGUCGCCUCCUUGCGUACCCGCCUCAGGACCACCAGUCAGCAGUUAGGCUUUUUGGAUACUUUGCAUCCCGCCUGAGCGAGCUAGGCGACAAGAUUGUACUGAGACUUUGUAACGCCCCUAUUGUACCCAUUUCUCGGUCGAAUAGUGGCGGCGUAAAGGAGAAGGGCGGACAGAGCAUUACUUUCAUCCCGCCGUCUCGAACAUAUCUUGGCAGCUCGCCGACAUACGAUGCCAUAUUUGACUUUGUAGACUUUGGGAAUGAUGCAAAUGCGUUCUUAUUCAAGUGUGGUGCUCGAAGUGAGCCAACGAAGAAGGAAGUCGCAGAAAUGGCGUGCAGCGAACCGGCACGGCUACUGUCCGCUCUCGACGGCAUCGACAAGUACUUAAAUCUUCUCAAAUCCCUUGCGGAGGAGAGCCAUAUCUUACAACGUGACAAGGCAUUAUGGAAACGGAUGCAGACUUCCCGAUUCUUGCCGGCUUACAAGGAAGUUGCAACGACAAAGGGCAAUCUCAUUGAUUUCGAAGAUGAAGUCGAGCCCGUGAAGCAAUAUCAGCUUGCAACUGCCAGCCAAGUUGUUGUGUUGGAUGAUAUCGUCAGCUACCGCCUAUUCAAAGAUCAUAUCAUUUGUGCCCCUGAAGAGGAUCUGCUUGAGGAUUUCUACGUUCAGCUUGGUGCACGCAGGCUAAGCACAAUGGUCGAAGAGGAUCUUCGUAUCGGUGGUCGUGCCACUAGAGACACCAUUGGCCAGGGCUUGCGAAAGCACGUAAUCGAAAGAACCAAGAUUUUUUUGUACGAGUACGCCCACUACCGACGAGACUUUAUCAAAAACGACGCGAAGUGGCUGGACUCGAAUCUCGUCGUCGAAGUUGUCCGCUCUGUUGCGCUGCGAAGAACACUCAAAGGGCAGAGUCAGUCGCACGCCGAGCGUCGCUCUGCAGCUGGGUCUCACAACAAUGGAUCGUGGAUCCUCUAUGUCACAGAUAGUGUGAAGCCCGACAUGUACCAAGUUGGACAAGCCAUUUGUCAGAUGUUGCUGAAACGCCCAAAUCAGCAAGCGUACCUCUUCUUUGAACCGUUUCUAACACUCGACCUGUAUGCCCUGCGGGACAGAGGCUACAACGUGGACCGGAUUCUUCGUGUCAAAGCGGCGGAGGCUAGGAUGGCGGAAGAAGAGAAGCGCAAGGCGCUUGAGGAGGAGCAAACGCGAAGGAAGGAGCAAGAGGUCAACAUGGCCAACAUGGCUAACCAAGGCAUGAUACCGGAGCCGAAGGCAGCUGAGGCUGCCCGUGCUGUCCCCAAUGUUCCAGCUUUACCAGCCGCUCCAGCCACUCCAGCUCAGCCCAAGCAGACACUUCCUGGCGCGUGGUCUUCACCGGACGAUAAUCCUCCAGAGUCACAUAACAAUGGGAGAAAGAGCAGGGGUUUGUUUUCCAAUUUGACAAAACGGCUAGGCUUUGAUUCUCCCUCAGAGGAAUCGCCACCACCAUACGCGGAGACAGAGCAAAGAGAAAGGCAAAAGGGACUGCAAGGAAGCUCUAAUGAUGGGCUCGAUACCGGCAAAGUCACCAGCCCAUCCGUGGUGCAAGAGAACCUUGCCAACGCAAUAAACGCCACCCGUGCCCAUGGCUCAAACUCUGUCUUUUCGCAGCCCGAUGUCAAAGAAGUCAAGGAGCAGGCGACCUACUGCGACGAGAAUUCGGCCAAGGACAUUCAGCACGUGUCCAACGCGCCCAACGGGCUCAAAAUUUACGCGGCGCGCCACCUGUCGGUCGACCCGCGGCAGUUCCUGUCGAGCCACCGCGGCGCCGUCAACGCCUUUGCCAAUUUGCUGGUGGAUGUGGGCCGCAUUUACGGGCUCUCGUCGACGGUGCUGCACAUGUACUAUGAUGAGCGCGGCAAUACGAUUGCCUUCAACACGGGAGGCAGCAUCUUUUGCAACCUGCGCUUCUUUUUGCAGCUGCACGCGGCGCAAGUCGGCGAGGGGGAAGCCGGUGCGGGCUGGGCGGACGCGGCGACAUGGUGGUGGGUGGUGAUUGCGCACGAGCUGGCGCACAAUCUGGUGGCGGUGCACAAUUCGAAUCAUAGCUACUAUACCGAAUCAUUUAUCCAGCAGUACAUGGGACGCAUGGUGGCGCAGGUUUCGCAGUGGACGCAAGGGGGACAAUAG